AUGACGGAGGAGGCGUCUGCUGGUUCGCCGGCAGCCCCCGACUCAGUCACCUACUCACUGUCGCUUAGCCUAAGCGAUUUCACUGCCGCGAUGUAUUAUAAACCCCUUUCUUCUACCACUUCUUUUCCUCCUCAUUUUCCUGCGCAGGCCCAGACCCAAAGGACACUCUACCAUUUCCCCGAACCUCAACCAACCACUCUACUUAUACCCUUCAUCAAGCUCUAUACCGAAAACUUUACUACAGUCGCAAUGGCUCACUCUACCCACCGCCGCCAUGUUUCCCUCGGGGAUGUUCGCUCUGAGAACGUCAACGACGUCGUUGGACACGCCUCCGAAGACACUUCUGGCACUACUAUGCCCCCCACUAGCCACCGCCGCCGCGCAACACUAAGCUCGCUUGACGUUCGCAACGUGAACACGGAGGCUGACAACAACGGCACCAUAGCACUCGCGGUAUCCUCUCGUGAAAACACUCGUCCGGGCAGCCACUCCAACAACCUCAAUGCCCCUCCUACAACUGGUCCACAUGUCGGCCUCAGUCGCCAGCACACGGCAUCAACUACGCUUCUGGGUCCCGCAUACCUGGCCGGUCAGUACGUUUCGCCGUACCCAGUGCAAAUUGCCGCUGCUGUGCAACAAGGCCACGGGAACCAGGACCGCCAGCAAACCCCUGGCCCGGCUCCACAGCAGAACACGGAGUCGGAUGGUGAGCUGUUCUGGCGCUUAUACCGUGCGCCAUUCCACACCGCCUCGGACAACAUCGUGCAGGAAGUCCACCUUCUUCAGCGCAGAUUCAACGCUGGGCAUCAGCUUGCGUUGAGCAAUUAUCGCGAAGUCCAGAGGCUGCAGGGCCAGCUGGCAGGUUCGGAGGGCAGGCACCAGAGGAUCCAGGCGGCGCUGAACACGGCACAGAGGUGCACACAAGAGUGCAAGCGACUGACGGACGAAAUCGCCCGUCUCACCACUGCCACACAAAACGAUGUCACUGGCCAGGAACGCAGGCCACUUCGCCCGGGCCAAGCCGACAUGCCCACCGCUCGCCCAGCAGGUCCCGGCGCUCACAUACUGCGCCGACGUGGUGGUGAUCGCCAGAACCCGGGCGAUGGUGGUCGCUACCCCCUCGAACUUCUAACGGCCACCCCCAACAUGAUGCUCCAGUCCCUGGAUCCCAUCCUGCGCAACACACCUCCCGGCCAGCAGAUCGAGGCGGCGCAGCCUGAAGAGAACCUCGAGCGUCACGGCAGGCCGUAUCCCUACAACACCUUGGAAAUCUUCCCCGCCCCGGAAGGUUUCAUGUAUUACAGGGGCCCGGGCGGUUACGUGUGGCACGGAAUCGGGAACAUGCCCCCGGUUCUGGGUGAGAGGGCGCCUCCUGGCAACGCGGGCGAUUAG